CGCUUCUUUGGCCCGUGAGGUCACGUGGCUUCACACGUUCGUUAGGCGCAGGAGCUGGAGUUCUGGGGCGGGGUUGGCUAGGUAGGGUCGGGCGCUGGAGGGUGGCCGGCACGUGCAAAGCGGCUUUGCGCUGGGGAGCCCCGCGGCACAGAGGAGGAAGACGCAGGAAGGAUAAAAGAUUGCUGGGACAGUCAAGAAGCACCUGCGCUCUCCACGUGUAGCAAUGCCAAUAUCUUUCGAAGGAUAAAUGCCAUAUUGGAUAAUUCUCUGGAUUUCAGUAGAGUCUGCACUACACCUGUAAAUCGAGGAAUCCAUGAUCAUUUGCCAGGGACUUCCCUGGUGGCACAGUGGUUGGGAAUCUGCCGGCCGGUGCGGGGGACGCGGGUUCGAGCCCUGGUCCAGGAGGAUCCCGCAUGCCGCAGCGCGACUGAGCCCGUGUGCCACAACUACUGAGCCUGAGCUCUAGAACCCGUGCACCACAACUACUGGGCCCGUGUGCCACAACUGCUGAAGCCCGCACGCCUGGAGACUGUGCUCUGCAACGGGAGAGGCCGCCGUGGUGAGGGGCCCGCGCGCUACAGCGAAGAGUGGACCCCGCUUGCCGCAACAGACUUCCAGGACUCUGAAGAAACAGUUACAAGCAGGAUGCUUUUCCCCACCUCUGCGCAAGAUUCUUCCCGUGGCCUCCCAGAUGCAAAUGACUUGUGCCUUGGCCUGCAGUCCCUCAGUCUCACAGGCUGGGACCGACCCUGGAGCACCCAGGACUCAGAUUCUUCAGCCCAGAGCAGCACACACUCAGUAUUGAGCAUGCUCCACAAUCCAUUGGGCAGUGUCCUGGGGAAACCCCCCUUGAGCUUCCUGCCUCUGGACCCCCUUGGAUCUGACUUGGUGGACAAGUUUCCAGCACCCUCCGUUAGAGGAUCCCGCCUGGACACCCGGCCCAUCCUGGACUCCCGUUCUAGCAGCCCCUCUGACUCAGACACCAGUGGCUUCAGCUCUGGAUCAGAUCAUCUCUCAGAUUUGAUUUCAAGCCUCCGAAUUUCUCCUCCCCUGCCCUUCCUGUCUCUGACGGGGGGUGGUCCCAGAGACCCUUUAAAGAUGGGGGUUGGGUCCCGGCUGGACCAAGAGCAAGCUGCUCUGGCUGCAGUCACGCCCUCCCCAACCAGCGCAUCAAAGAGAUGGCCAGGAGCUUCUGUGUGGCCGUCCUGGGACCUCCUUGAAGCCCCCAAAGACCCCUUCAGCAUAGAGAGAGAGGCCAGGCUACACAGGCAAGCUGCAGCUGUGAAUGAAGCCACCUGUACCUGGAGUGGCCAGCUUCCUCCCCGGAACUACAAGAACCCCAUCUACUCUUGCAAGGUGUUCCUAGGAGGUGUCCCUUGGGAUAUUACGGAAGCUGGAUUGGUUAACACCUUCCGUGUUUUUGGCUCUUUGAGUGUGGAGUGGCCUGGUAAGGAUGGCAAGCACCCCCGGUGUCCUCCCAAAGGUAAUAUGCCUAAAGGGUAUGUAUAUCUGGUCUUCGAACUAGAGAAGUCUGUCCGGGCCUUGCUUCAGGCUUGCUCUCAUGACCCGCUGAGCCCAGAUGGCCUGAGUGAAUAUUACUUCAAGAUGUCCAGCCGGAGGAUGCGCUGCAAGGAGGUACAAGUGAUCCCCUGGGUCUUGGCCGACAGCAACUUUGUUCAGAGCCCAUCUCAGAGACUUGACCCCAGCAGGACGGUAUUUGUUGGUGCUCUGCACGGGAUGCUGAAUGCCGAGGCCCUGGCAGCCAUUCUGAACGACCUAUUUGGUGGUGUGGUGUAUGCUGGGAUUGACACAGAUAAGCACAAGUAUCCCAUUGGGUCUGGUCGCGUGACUUUCAAUAACCAACGUAGUUACCUGAAAGCAGUCAGUGCUGCUUUUGUGGAGAUCAAAACCACCAAGUUCACCAAGAAGGUUCAGAUUGACCCCUACUUAGAAGAUUCUCUGUGUCAUAUCUGCAGUUCUCAGCCUGGUCCUUUUUUCUGUCGAGAUCAGGUGUGCUUCAAGUACUUCUGCCGGAGCUGCUGGCACUGGCGGCACAGCAUGGAGGGCCUGCGCCAUCACAGCCCCCUGAUGCGGAACCAGAAGAACCGAGAUUCCAGCUAGAGGAGCUGGCCUUGCCCAGUGGCCUGUGGCGCCUGAGGCUGGCAGGUCAGGCAGUAGCCUGCACCACCCUGCUGCCACUGGCCACCAGGGAGCUGGCUUCCCGAGGACAAGGGAAAAUCGUAGUCACCUUUGCACUUGCUGAAUCUGUCUUUGUUUCUGCACUAAUUAAUGCACAAUGAGUUUUGUCGGAUUUUGUUUUCAGGGGGUGUACCAGGGCAAGGACCCUUAGGCUCACCCUCCAAGCGACUCUGUAGUUUUCCCAGAUUUUAGUUCCUCAUUUUGCCGAUGAAAAAGCAAAAAAGAACUACGUGUCCAGAAGGUAUUGACACGAUGCCUACAUCUAGGUUUAUUUAUUAAAAGCGCUUUUUUACAUUCCUUGCAAUACUGAUGGUGAUGAUGUGCAGGUCUCAUUGGUUUCAUUCUUGCAGUUGCCAUACAGUGCCUUUCCAUUUAUUUAACCCCCACCUGAACGGCAUAAACUGAGUGUUCAGCUGGUGUUUUUUACUGUAAACAACAAGGAGACUUUGCUCUUCAUUUAAACCAAAAUCAUAUUUCAUAUUUUACGCUCGAGGGUUUUUACCGGUUCCUUUUUACACUCCUUAAAACAGUUUUUAAGUCGUUUGGAACAAGAGAUUUUUUUUUCUUUCCUGGCAGCUUUUAACAUUAUAGCAAAUUUGUGUCUGGGGACUGCUGGUCACUGUUUCUCAGAGUUGCAAAUCAAGGCAUUUGCAACCAAGAAAAAAAAAUUUUUUUGGAUUUGAAACUGGACCGGAUAAACGGUGUUUGAGUGGCUGCUGUAUAUAGUUUUAAAUGGUUUAUUGCACCUUCUUAAGUUGCACUUACUUGGGGGGGGAGGGUUGAUAGAAGUUUUUAAUCACAAAGUCACAGGACUUUUUUCUUUUGUAACUGAGCUAAAAAGGGCUGCUUUUUGGUGGGGGCAGAUGAAGGCUCACAGGAGCCCUUUCUCUCAGAGGGGACAAGUACCCUUCCCUUAUUUCUUUCAUUUGAGAAAUGUAUGAAGCAACAGUUGCAGUUGACUGAAAUGCUACUGGAAUUUGAAAACUUGACUUUUUCUUUUCUUUUUUUUUUUUUUUUUAAAAAAAAAGACUUGCCCCUCUUUGGGAAGCUGUGUGCCAAAGAACCAGUGUCAUAACCCCCCCUCCUCCCUCCUGCUGAGCUGACGUUGCAUUGUUGCAUAUCCCAGCUACUCUGUGGGUUUUGUGAAGCUGUGUGUGAAGUCUCUACCUCAUUGUAGUAUAUGCAGGCAAGACUGCACUCUCCUACAGAUGUGUGGAGUAAGCUGUGGUGUAGUUUUUUUGGCACAUAAUAAACACGUUGCAGCAGA